UCUUUGGAUGAGCGCCGUUUGAGAAAUAAGACUGCGUCAGCAAAAUACAGGGCGAAAAAAAACCAACAGCAUGGUGAAAUGAGAGCUACUAUAUCAAAUUUGACAAAAGAAAACGAGCUCUUGAUGCGUCAAUUAGAACAUACUCAGCUAGAGAACAAUCAUCUAAAGGCAACUUGCGAUAGAUUGCGUGGAAGGAUUAUGGCUCAAAAGAUCUUGAAGCAAUAUUUGGUUGAAAGCGAACAACAGCAACAAAAUUGCUCAAUAGGA